GUUACACUGUUAUACCGAAAAAAAAAAAAUUUAACCUAGUUUCUUACUAAGCUAAAAUCUACUAACCCUCUUAUUUAGUUUUGGUAAAAUGGACAACAACGCCGAAAUCUCAGCCACCAAACACCGGCACGUGGUGGCGAUACCGUACCCAGGCAGAGGUCACAUCAACCCAUUGCUCAACCUCUGCAAACUCAUCCUCUCUAAAUCCAAUGAUUUCCUCUUCACUUUUGUAGUUACUGAAGAAUGGUUCGACAUCCUCAGCUCCGAGCCCAAGCCGCCGGCUAAUAUCCGUUUUGCUGCGCUUCCCCAAGUUAUCCCCUCUGAGGUUGGCCGAGCCGGUGACUUGGAUGGCUUCUUAGAGGCUGUCCUUACUAAGCUCCAGGAGCCCUUUGAGAGACUACUUGACCAGCUCCAGCCGCCGCCGACAGCCAUUAUCUAUGACACGUGGUUGAGUAAUUGGGUGGUUGAUGUCGGUAAUCGAAGGAAUAUUCCGGUGGCUUCGCUUUUUCCAAUGUCGGCUUCGGUUUUUACCGUUUUCUAUCACUUUGACUUGCUGGUUCAAAAUGGUCAUUUCCCUCUCGAUAUCUCAGAAAGAGGCAACGAAGUAGUGGACUAUAUACCGGGCCUUCCUUCAACAACUGUUGCAGACUUGACAACAGUUUACGACGGGGCGGGUAACAAGAUGUGGCUCCGUGUCCAGGACACUUUCACAAUUUUGAAGAAUGCAACAUGUGUUUUAUUUACAUCCAUCCAUGAAUUUGAAGAGCAAGUGAUCAACUGUAUAAAAGAAAAACUACCAAUUCCAGUAUACCACAUUGGCCCUAUGAUACCAUACUUGAACUGCGAAUCAAAUGAUAUACCAUGUAUAACUGAAGGGAAUUCUGUUAUUGAUCAAAGCUACUUACAGUGGUUGGAUUCCCAGCCAAAGGGCUCGGUUUUAUACAUUUCACAAGGAAGUUUUCUUUCAAUCUCGACUGCUCAAAUGGAGGAGAUUGUCGCGGGAAUUAAGGAGAGUGGUGUUCGGUUCUUAUGGGUAACACGAGGAGAUACUUCAAGGUUUAAAGAUGGCGGUGUUGGUGAGGGAUGCUUAGUGUCUUGGUGUGAUCAGUUAAAGGUGUUGAACCAUCCAUCUGUUGGUGGAUUUUGGACUCAUUGUGGGUGGAAUUCUACUUCAGAAAGUAUCUAUUCUGGUGUUCCGAUGCUUACUUGUCCUAUAUUUUGGGAUCAAAUGCCUAAUAGUAAGCUGAUAGUGAAUGAUAUGAAGAUAGGAUGGAGGGCAAUAAACAAUGGUCUUAACAAGGAGAAGUUAGUCUCUAGAGAAGAAAUCGCUGAACGUGUGAGGAGAUUCAUGGACUCUGAAAGUGAUGAGCGGAAAGAGAUGGUUGACAGAGCAAAAACCUUAAGAGAUGUCUUUAGAAAGGCAAUUGCAAAUGGAGGUUCAGCUGCUUCUGAUAUUGAUGCUUUUAUUAGAUGCAUUUCCUGAUUGCUAUUACAUUAUGUACUUUAAUUGUAAAACUUAACUCCAGAAUUUUCGUAAUAAUCAUACUGUAAUGGUGCCGACAUCUUCUGA